AAAUAGCCAAGGACAACAUCACUUCCUUGGGAGCACAGGCACAUUGCAUGGUACCUAGCAGCAGAGCGGUCUGUCCUGCACUCUGACGGGACGAAGCCAUAGAGUUCGGAAGAACAAGGCGCAAUCGCAUUCGCUCGUUUUCAAGCAAGGAAGUGGAUUCUAACAAAAAAAUUGGGAUUUGAUUACAGUAGGUUACAAAAUUGUUUCGGAUCUGAAUCUUCUGAGAGAAAAAAAAAAGGAUUGCCAACCUUUGUCAGACGUAGCAGUGGCUCGGCAUCUGUCACUACAGCGUGUUUACUGCGAGUGGACCUCUGUUCAUUGUUUUAAUAUUUUUUAAGCCAUAGUAUGACAUGCCAAGCAUUAAUGAGUAAGUCACUCCUUCAUGAAGCUGCGCUCGUUAAAUCCUCUGUGUGGAUUGUCACGGCAGUCUACAUUUGAGGACUGCAAAAAAAGAGUCGUCAAAGGAAGAGCGCAAACCAAAGGUGCGUGCUGCGGUGUGCAUACAGAUAUCUGACGCUCAGCAACUUAAAAUGACCAAAGACGUGUCUAUGUUAGACUAAUUUCAGGAAGUUGUGAAGUUGUGAUCAGUUUCAGUCUGGCGUUACUGUUCCAGAGAAAUUCGAGCUUGGAUACAUGGACUGGACCUCAUGUGUGAUAGACAAUCUGUCGUUGAAAAGUCGACUGAAUAGACUGCUUCUUUGUUUUUGUGUUUGUCUAUCCAAACUGGGAUGACAAGUCUCUAAGUUCGUUAAGGACCUCUCAUACUUCGAAGCAACGUGUAUUAAUCUGCUUCAUUCUGCUUGGAAAUUAACGUAUCGAACAAAUGGCGAAUAUGAAAAGGCACGUCUUAAUAUUGGCAUAUGUUGCUGCUUGCUUAUUGUGUGUUCGCUGCACCCUUACGCCGGGUGCGGAAACACAGACCCAUGAGUCGUGCGCGUCGUGCGGGCUCAGUCAGUCAAUACAGUCGUCGGACAGACUCGACACUGACUUUUUGGAGGCAGUAAAACGACACAUUCUGAACAGGCUACAGAUGAGGGAGAGACCCAACAUCACUCACCCCAUCCCCAAGGCGGCGAUGGUCACGGCGCUGAGAAAACUUCACGCCGGCAAAGUACGAGAGGACGGCAGGGUGGAGAUCCCUAACCUCGAUGGACACGCAAACUACAACAACGAGGUCCAAGAAGAAACAUCGGAAAUCAUCAGCUUUGCAGAAUCAGACGAGCUCGCGGUCUCCAAGUCCCGUCUGUUCUUCCUGGUGUCCAACGAGGGGAACCAGAACCUGUACGUGCAGCAGGCCAACCUGUGGCUCUACUUCAAGCUGCUGCCGGGCCUGGAGAAGGGCCUCCGGCGGAAGGUGAUGGUGAGGAUCCGCUACCAGGAGCCGGCCGGGGGAGGAGGCGGCGGCGGCGGUAGUAGUGCCCUCGGUGGCGCCCUCGGUGGCGGUGGCGGCGCCCCCCGCUGGGCGUACGUGGAGAAGCGGGUGGAGCUGAAGCGCAGCGGCUGGCACACCUUCCCGCUGUCGGAGGCGGUGCGGGCGUCGCUGGGCAAGGGCAGCGGCGGCGGCCGGCGGCUGGACCUGGACGUGCGCUGCGAGACGUGCGAGGCGGCCGGCGUCCGGCCCGUGCUGGUGGACCCGGCCGACCCGUCGCACCGGCCCUUCCUGGUGGUGCGCGCGCGGCAGGCCGACGGCAAGCACCGCAUCCGCAAGCGCGGCCUGGAGUGCGACGGCACCAGCGGCGGCCUCUGCUGCCGCCAGCAGUUCUACAUCGACUUCCGGCUCAUCGGCUGGAACGACUGGAUCAUCGCGCCCGCCGGCUACUUCGGGAACUACUGCGAGGGCAGCUGCCCGUCGUACAUGGCCGGCGUGCCGGGGUCGGCCUCGUCCUUCCACACGGCCGUGGUCAACCAGUACCGCAUGCGCGGCAUGAGCCCGGGAUCGGUCAACUCGUGCUGCAUCCCCACCAAGCUCAGCACCAUGUCCAUGCUCUACUUCGACGACGAGUACAACAUCGUCAAGCGCGACGUGCCCAACAUGAUCGUGGAGGAGUGCGGCUGCGCCUGAGAGGCUUUUCGGGACUUAACGUUAUUAGAACGCUCAAAAACUUUUUCCUUAAACGGGGGGACAAUGUUACAACAACAACAACAACAACAAAAUAAACUAUAGUGACGUCGACAGGAAACUCAUAUUUAUGGAACUUUGUAUCAUAUAUAGUAGAUACAUGUUAUUGCGUGUGUAUGCGCGCAAACACGAACAAACGCACACAGGUGUGUGUGUGUGCACGGAGCAGAGUCUGAUCAAAAACAAACAAACAAACAAACAAAAAAACACAAAACACAAAAAAAAGCAUAUUGAUUUCGCCCGUUUUUGCAGGUCAGUCCUAAAAUGUACAUGAACUCACAGACUUUGGGAUUAGAAAGGAGUUAGUUCUCACCAAAACGUUUGUUGUCUUCUAGUUUGCCAUUUCUAGACAAAAAAAUGGAAACAAUCUGACUCCUCCUCUCCUCCUCUGCCUACUCCCUUCAUCCUGACGGAACGAGUGAUAGAGACAGAAGCGUGGAGGAGAGAGGGGGAUAGGACUGAGACUUUGCCAGAGGGACAUGCUGGCUCUGUCCUUUGUAAGUACUUAAGCGACAACUGCCCCCUGGGAGCUUGGCACCACAACUGCCCCCUGGCACCACAACUGCCCCCUCCUCAGCAUCCUGAACACAAUUCAGAACAUCAGCACUUCUAGAAGCAUCUCAACAACAACAAAAAAAGACUCUGGCUGACACAGAACAGCAUUCCACUGACCAGGGGCCUACCACCCCAGUGCGAUUCUGCGUGCUUCUCUCUCUCUCUCUCUCUCUCUCUCUCUCUCUCUCUCUCUCUCUCUCUCUCUCUCUCUCUCUCUCACACACACACACACACACGCAUGCAAACUCUCUCUCUCUCUCUCUCUCUCUCUCUUUCUCUCUCUUACACACACACAUGCAAACUCUCUCUCUUUCUUUCUGUGUCGAGGCCUUCCUGUUUCAGGUCUGGUUUGAAUUUUUGAGGAUUUUGUUUUGUUUUGUUAGCGGCACUGAGACAAACUGGGACGCACCACUCGGAAGGCGCGGUUCCACUGCCCCUAGCUCCAGCGUCGGAACUCCGGAACCGCUGAACAGCACACAGAACCCACUAUUCCGUUCGACCGCAGUGGGCCAUUCACAUCCAUUCAUCCACCCAUCUCUUCAUCCCUCCAUCCAUCCAUCUAUCCAUCCAUCCAUCCCCAGGGGCUGAACCGAGCCUCUUCCACUUCCUGGUACGCACAGGAGUCUCCACAUCAUCUAGCUGGUUACAGUGCAAAAGCAGCACUUGCAAAGACAAACGAAAAAAAAAGAAAAGAAAAUUUAAAAAAAAAGAAAGAAAAAAUGUACAAAAGUGAAACAAAAAAGGAGAAAUAAAUAAAAUAAAUAAAUAAACUCGUAAAUGCACAAUUUCAAAGCACUUGCAUAUUUGAAAUGCCUUCAAAAGGGUACAGAAAUGGAGCACCUACCCUUGGUCCUUGCCCUCGUCAUACCAAGUGCCGCCUGAGCUAUGCAAUGUAUAGUUACCCAUAUUCAUAUCGAGACUGAACUCUCCUGUCUUCAGCUAGUCUAACUCUUUAUCAAUACUUGAAAUGUGAUCUUUCGCUUGCUGUCCAAAGCGAAUGAUUGUUACGAUGUUUGCACUGAAAAGUUGCGAAAAAAGAAAAACUGCCAUUGAAAAAAAAAGUUAUUUUUAUAGUAGUAAAAAUUGAAUUUUGUGAAAACAAAUGUAUUAUACAUAAUGGAACCAAAGAAGCCAAGAUAUUAGCUAUUAUAAGAGGAUGGCAAGGCCGUCACAUUAUUGUGUAAAAUAAUUGUUGAUCAUUUUGAAAUGGCCUACUCACUGUAUCAGGGUAAGACAUAAUAGAUUCCAUUUUGUAGCUCUAUCAUGUUAUUGUUUUGUUUGGUUCAAUUUGUUUUGUUUUGUCUGUUUUGUUUUCUACUUUGUACAGUAAACAUACAAAACACUCAUUUUUUCCAUCUUUAAAUACUUUACAUUUGUUUUUUCUAUUUAAUAAAUGUCAUUUUUAGUGGAUUCAAAAUCAGUUAGUCCAAUAAAUAAAUGUCAUCUGUACAGUUCAAGUCAAAUAAAAUAUGCU